CGUCGCUGUCCUCUUUUCCACGGACCAGUUGACUGUGUGAGAGAGAGCGCGGGGAAGAACGGCGAGCACGUUGCCCACUGCGCCUACUUCAGGGGAAUCACCCGUCUGGACUUACUGUUUUCUAAGAAAACCCUCGCUUGUGGUCUUGUGGUCCCGCGCGUUACAUAAGGCGAGUAACGGUUCUGGUGAUGAGACGUCACGUCGCAGCGUAGCGGCACAUUCAUCGCAUGUGCUGCCUUGGAAGAGGCGCCGCGCCUCAUGGACCAAACUGAAACCGCAUUUUUACUCGCCUUCCAGUUGGACGGUCUGGUUCGGGAUUGACGUGAGUAGCCGUGGAUGCUGCCUCCCCCCCCCCCCCAAAUGCUGGUGCCGUCACUAUUGUGUGCGUCUGACUUGACUGAGCUAGGCGGCUAACGGGCACGAGCAAUGCCCGCCUCAGACUGACGCCCGCUGCUCAUUGUUGAAAGGAUAUUUGAUUUAUUUCCCCGUGACUCGAGCCUCGCACGCGCCUAAUGUGCUCCGAGCUGCGCGUACAUGCGACACUGCCCUUAAGAUCAUCCAUGAGAAGGACCGGGCCCAUGCCGUAAUUGGGGGAAACAAAGAAUUAGGCUGCGGAGGAGGAUAAGCUGUUUUCCAUCAGAUUUCUGUCCAAGGUGAGCGAGUGAGCUUGUUGCUGGAUUAGAGGCACAAUCUGGACUGUCGCUCCCCGGAACCUCCCCCCGCCCCCUGCCCCCUGCAGCAGACGGCCUCCCUGUGCCGCAUUACCGCUAAGAUGAGCGCUCACAGUGGGGACGCGGUGGAGCCCAUGCCGGGAUACCUGGAGCUCGUCAGCAGAGCCAGCGCUGUGAUGCUGGGCGCGUGGAGAGACUGUGGAGACUGUGGCGUGGAGCUCUCCAGAAGGUCCCUCCUGGACAACGCCAACUUCACCUGCACCGAAAUAGCCCUCUUCUUCUUCUGCGCCUUUCUGUGGACGCAAGUCAGGCGGGGAUUGACGGAAUGUCUGUUCAAGCCUCUUGCUCAGUGGUGGAGGCUGCUGCCCAAAGAUGCUGCCAAGAUGCCGGAGAGUGCAUGGAAGCUGGUCUUCUACACCAUGUCGUGGUCCUACAGCACCUACCUGCUCUUCUUCACCUCCUACUCCUUCUUCCACGACCCACCCUCCGUCUUCUACAACUGGAAGAGUGGGAUGUCAGUGCCUCUAGACAUCGCCAUCGCCUACCUGAUCCAGGGCAGCUUCUACGGCCACUCCAUCUACGCCACCGUGUACAUGGACGCCUGGAGGAAGGACUCUGCCGUCAUGGUGGUCCAUCACAUCAUCACGCUGGCGCUCAUCUGCUUCUCCUACGCCUUCAGAUACCACAACGUCGGGAUUCUGGUGUUGUUCCUUCAUGACAUCAACGACAUCCAGCUGGAGUUCACCAAACUCAACGUCUACCUGAAGUCCAGGGGAGGAGGCUACUACCUGCUGAACGAUGUGCUGUCCAACAUGGGCUCGGUCAGCUUCAGCAUCACGUGGUUCUGGUUCCGACUGUACUGGUUCCCUCUCAAAGUGUUGUACGCCACAUGCGUGUCCAGCCUGCAGUCGGUACCCAACAUCCCCUUCUAUUUCUUCUUCAACGCUCUCCUCCUCGCAUUGCUGCUCAUGAACAUCUACUGGUUUUUAUUCAUUGUGAUAUUUGUGGUGAAAGUGCUGAAGCUGAAGGAGGUCAAUGACGUCAGGGAGUAUGAGGACGAGGAGGGCAAGGCGGCAGCAGCUGGUCUGCUCAAGGACCCCGAGCCAGAGAACGGCGAGCGCGAUGCUGGACAUCACCACUCUGCCUCUGCGAAACACGCUCAGAACGGCGUCACCAAGGAGAAGCACCUAUGAGCGGCUCUCCGCCGCCACCUGCUGGUACUUCGCCCGCCAGUUCACCCAGACGAUGGAUCAAACUCCGGAAGUGGCUGAAGGGAACCGAGUGCGAGCGUCUGGGCGCACUUGAAUUAGAAGCGGAAUCAGUUUUAGAACAUUUCAUGUCAUUUUCAUGUUUUGUUUUUUGUUUUUCCUAGACCACUGUGAAUGUCGUCAGCUGACUUCAUCUGGCUCAUUUUUACUAAAGUAGAGGCGUGUGUGAGCGACGUGACGUCACGGUGACGUCACUCACCCUGGUGCGGCACAGGUGUUUUAAAUCAUCGCGCAACAAUCUAAUGAAGUUUUGUGUGUGUGUGUGUGGGUGUGUGUGUGAGAGAGAAACGCUGCAGGUUUUAGUAUUUAAACUUCAAAUCUGUUUUGUUUUUUUUUUCCAUUUUCUUCUUGUGUCGGAUGAUCAAACGGAC